GGAAUAUUCUGCUCGAUGCUCAAUUUUGCUAUAGGACAUGUAAACCAGGCGUCUCUAUUCCACGAAGUCCUAUCUUGCGAAGAUAUUUCCUCGCCUACCCGCGUCUUCGUUGGAUCAGUUCAAACAGGUUCAAAUUUACGUGCGCAAAAAACUCGGCGAUCGGUGGUGACCCGUAAACACGAACGACCUGUUAGGAUGGAAAGCGAAAGCUAUUCACCGCCCGAUCCUAAAUUGGAGACUUAUGUGACGCACAGUCUCAUCCUCGUCGUCAUUUUCGCCAUCCCUGUCGCGUACAAAGCGACGAAAGACGGGGGGAUGAUGAUGUCGGUGAUAGCGACGUGCCUCGCUACAUCCGUAUUCCUCGUGAUCUUUCUACUUUGUGACGUAAUACUGCGUCUGUGUCAGACGGUCAUCUCGUUGACGAACAUGGAUCCGCGGUCUGGACAAAGUUUCUCAUCCAUCAUCAGUCAUUACUUUGCUCUGAACACCGCAUCCGCGGUGGUCGUUAUUAUCGGUGUGUUUUUAUUCCUUAUCGCGUCGACGAUGAUCGUUCGAGGAUGCCCGUUGAGUCACGUAUGGGAUUUCGGUCCCUACAUCUGCGUGCCGUCAAUGAUAUUUUCCUUCUACUUGCUGAGGAUAACGCAUCUGGCCGAGUGGGAGAGAGGACCGCUCGAUCUCGACGUCAUGAAAGGUCUGGAUUAUGGCACGGGUAUGGCCUACAGUUUCUAUUACGGUUAUCUCCAAUUGAUCCUACCGAAUCGCGGCACCACCGAUAGCAAGAGCAUUAUUGAAAAGAUAGAAAACUUUGAAGACAAGCACGAAGUAACUUUCCCAGUGCACAAGCUGUUUAUUCUGAUACCAUCGUCAGGAUACAUCUCGCCACACUUAAAGGAGAUGUCGGACCAGUGGAUGGAGAGUGCGCGCGAAUUGGAAGAGGAGAAACGCGACCGAGCUGGUCUAAUAGGAAGAACAUAUCGUAACAACGCUUACAAGAUAUAUCCUAAUGGAAGAGACUCUGGUGCUAGUCCAAUAUAUGUAGUAGCGGAAGGUGCAACACCAUUGCUGACAUUCUAUGAAGUACAAAAACACAGUCAUCCAGAAUCUAUUGUAUACAAGCGAUACAAAAACGAAAUUACCAUGAUGUUUUAUAAGAAGCUGGGAGAAAUUUUGGAAAGUGAACCAGCUACAAGAAACUUAUGCGAAUUAAUUUACUACAACGAUUAUGAUUCAAAAGGUACUAGAGUUAAUGUCGCAAAGGUAAUCUUACAAAGAAUAUCUGAAAUAACAAGUUCCACAUAAAUAUUAAAAGAAGUUAAAUAUAUAUUUUGUGAAUUCUUUGUUUAUGAUAAGUUUUAUAUGAGAUUAUAUAUAUAUAUACUC